ACAGACUGGACCAGACGAGAUUGAUCAGGCAUUAAAGGAACUUGACCUUUCUAAGAAGCCUGGACAAGAGACGCAAGACGACGCCUUCGCGAAACCUUACGAGCGAAUAUGCGAGCUUCUCAGCAUCAACACGUACCAUCUCAGAGUGUUUAAUGAGAUGCGCAAUCUUUUCGGCCGAGAAGCUAUCGCUGCUGCGCAGAAUGAAGAGCAAGAUCAGGCGCGCUCUAGAAGACAGCGUCAUGCGUUGCCACAACAAGUGGAUCUGGAGACUUUUCUCAAAGGGAUGCCGGGCAAGACUCUGCCAGAAGUCACAUUACGACGAAAUCCCUUCUUGUCUGGGAAAGAGACUUGGCCCCGCGCCUCUACAGAGGGCCUGACGAUGGAACAGCUCAAGGAGGAGGAAGGAAAUUUAGUUUGCAUGCCAGGCACCGUCGAGUUUCGCUUUGUGCAUGAUGAGAGAUACAAUAAACUGGAAGACAAAUUCUUCGAGCUCGUUCAGAUGUAUGAUCCUAUGCAAAUAGUGCAUUUUAUACGUCUUCACCCCUAUCAUAUUUCCGGCCUUAUUCAGGUCAGCAGAAUCGCGAAGCAAGAUCAGAACUCCGCGCUAUCCGCCGAUUUAUGCGAACGAGCCCUCUUCACCUUUGGUCGAGUUUCGAUAUCGGCUUUUCGACAGAGGUUAGAACAAGGUAAGGCGCGACUUUCGUUCAGACGACCGGAAAACCGUCAAUUCUGGUUAGCUGGAUAUCACUACCUCAAGAACUUGAUCAUGAAGGGGACUUAUCGGACCGCCCUUGAAUGGGCCAAGCUACUUCUUAGUAUAGAGCAUGGCGAUCCUUAUGGAGUCAUCCAUUAUAUUCACCCGCUCGCUAUUCGGGCGCAUGAAUCGAAAUGGUUCAUUGACUUCUGUGAUUCGGAACUAUUGGAGGUGAAUGCGACGGUACAAGAUACCCCGGAUUACAUCAGACAAACCCUCAUCUUGGCUAAGCUCCAGCAGAAUGAUACGGCUGGCGCUAAAGCAUUAUUACUCGAGGGCAUAAAACGACUACCCUGGCUCUAUGGGAAUCUUUUUAAGUCGCUUGGUCUAUCUAUUCCCACAGCUGUAUGGGGCAUACAGCCGCGAAACCGGGAUGAGGAGCUACACACAAAUGUCUACAUCCACCAGACGAAAGACUUAUGGGAUAGUCAUCAAACGAAGACUUUUCUACAGGAGGUGGCAAAGGAGGCGAAGAAGGCGGACCCUAAAAAGUGUCCAUUCCCACCUACAGUUAAGGACAACUUCGCACGCUUUGUAUACUUGUUGGAGAUCCCUUCGUUGAUAGGCCUCAUACCACGCGAUCUGCUGAACACUUCAACUAACUGGGAAUUCGACCCGCUACCGCCUCCUCUCGAUCAGAACGUAUUCUCGCACGAGUCGCAGAAGCAACCUUGGACUCCGUCGUCACACCGAGCCGGGGCCAGACUAAAUCCAGAUCACCAUGACCUUGGCGAAUUAUUAGUCCAGGCAAGAUUAGCUGGGGCGCCAAGGGAUAUUCAACAGGAACUCGAGAACGCUCUUGAAGAGGCGCUCUUAGAAGUGGACGAUGGCGAAGACGACGAAGACCUGGGUGACGAUGAGGAUGUGCCACGUCCCAACCGUGGCAUAGGAAGUAUGCUCCAAGCCUUCAUGGAGUUAUUCGACCCUCGUGGUCUCGCUGGUGAUGGAGAAGUUGGUGACUCAGAUCUUGAGGGUAUGCCCGGAGGAUGGCGUGACGACUCAGACGAAUCUGAUGAUGACGAGUUGCCGCCUUUAAUAGAUGUGGACGAUGAUGAUGACGAUGAACAUGAUCAUGAACAUGGUCAAGGUGGCAAUCACGAUGGUAAUGGCUCGGACGAUGAAUUACCACAGGUAUGAAUUCGGCACUGCUUACAGAAUGGGUGAACCCCUAAGGAUCGCUUUGUCCAUUGGUAAAUCAGAUAGGAGAUAGGUUCCUGAACAGAAAUGACGACAUCAUGGCAAGUGAUAUUAAGAUCUGAUAUCUGAGUUUUGUGCAUAAGCGCCUAAGCUGAACGACAAGGUAAAGCUAAGGAACCAUCCAAUACAGCGGUUCCUGCAGGAAAGCCAUGCGAAGACUAGGAAGACGUAG